AUGUCCCACCGCCUUCUAUCAGACGACAGUGAAGACGAUGUCACCGGCGAAACCGAAAGCAAUGAAAAGACCAACCAAAUUCGGCAUGCACCCUUGGUAGAUACAAGCAUUAUCGCUCAAGGUGCUCAAGAUCUUCUUCCACAGUACGGACUGAUAGGAUCGCAUGGCGGAGAUAGGGGUGCCGGCUCUAAGCUCUUCCUGAACACAAACGUUCCGUUCUCCAUGUUCCUUUGCGGAGUUCAGGGAAGCGGCAAGUCCCAUACGACGUCGUGCAUUCUCGAGAACUCUCUACUGCCCUCUGCAUAUCUUGGACAUCUCAGGAACCCACUCUCUGCGCUUGUGUUCAGUUACGGUCACUUCAGUGGUGACGGCACUGGUUUCAGCAUCAGCGAAGCCGCGUUCUUGGGUUCCCCCAAACCUGGAUUACCCGUUGCAGCACACGUCAAGAAAAUCCAUGUCUUGGUCUCGCCGUCGAACUACGUGCGUAUCUCGAAGCUAUAUCUACGGCUUCCCAACGUUUCGGUCACCCCGUUCAGGAUAAAGCCUCGCAACCUCGACAUUACAACGAUGCUUACAUUGAUGAACAUCAGUGAAUCGGAAGAAACACCUCUCUAUAUGGCGCAAGUCACGCAUAUACUCCGGGAGAUGUCGACAGCAGGCGGGCCGUUCGACUACAAAGUGUUCAAGCUACAUCUGAAAAAGCAGGAGUUCAAUCCUACGCAAACUACCAUGCUGCAGAUGCGUCUCAGUUUACUUGAGUCGUUCUUGGACUUGAAGAAUAUCUGCUCUGAACCACAAUUUUUGCCUGGUGAGAUAACAAUUAUGGACAUGUCUUGCCCCUUUGUCGAUGCCAACACGGCGUGUAUCCUUUUCGAGAUCGGACUUCGGCAAUACCUUCAGUCUGAAAGCACCGGUAAGAUGAUCGUAUUAGACGAGGCGCACAAGUACAUGCUCAAGAUACCUGGGGCAAAGUCGUUGAAUGAAACGAUUCUCCAGACCAUCCGCCUUCAGCGACACCACGGCGCCCGUGUUAUCAUCUCCACACAAGAACCCACCCUUUUAACCGACCUCAUUGCCCUUUGUUCCGUUACAGUCAUCCAUCGCUUCUCUAGCCCAGAAUGGUUCUCGGCUAUCAGACGUCAUAUCCCCCUCAUGGAUGAGAGCUGUGACGAUGUCAUGCAAAGGAUCGAAAGCUUGAGGACUGGAAGAGCGAUCAUUUACUCGCCUAGCGCCGUACUUGGUCUUGAUAAGUACGACAGAUUAGUCAUGGGCACAAGCAGGAUGAUCGAUGUUCGGAUCAGGAAGAGGCUUACGAGCGACGGUGGACGGUCUGUACUAGCAGUCUAG